CGUGAAGCCGGCGCCGGCGUGCGCGUCAGAGAAGGUCUCUGGGAACGAGACCCUGGUCCGCGGCGCGGUGAGGCGGGCGCGGUGACGCGGAGGGGUGACGCGGAGCCGGACUGGGGGUGACUUGGGGCGGGAGUCCGGGCUGCAUUUGCUGGGCCGGACUUUUUGAAGAGAGCAGGGGAGGGAGAAGCAGACUUCCCCGUUGAGGAGGGAGCCCGAUGCUAGACUCCAUCCCAAGACCCUGGGAUCAUGACCUGAGCGGAAGGCAGAUGCUUAACCGACUGAGUCACGCCGGCGCCCCCUGACCCAAGUAGUCUUCAUUAUGUUUCUGACCUGUGCCAGGCCCUGGAGGAGAAAGCCAGACAUGGACCUCGCAAGAUUGGCCCGGCUUUUCUCUGGACUCCGCCCUGUGGGACUGUCCACCCUCCAGCACCUUGGCCCUCUCGGAGCCAAAUGGGCAGGAGGCAGGGAGGGGCCUGCAUGGCUGAGGGCUGUGGGGCUGACUCGAGCCUGCAGCAGCUCCCCCUCACAGCUGCCCCUUGGCCAAGGGAACCCGAAGAACAUGAGCAGCCUCAGCUCUGACCUGAGCCAGCCUGGCCCCACGUCCGCUCAGGAGGAAGAGGAGAGCUUUGGGACCCUCUCCAACAAGUACUCCUCGAGGAGAAUGUUCCGAAAAUCGACAGCCCAGUUGUAUAACUUACGUCUCAGGGAACAGAAUGCUGAAGACGAGGAAAGGGGGCUGGAGCCAGAGAUAAGGCGGGGCCGGAAAAACACGCCUUACUGGUACUUCUUUCAGUGCAAACACCUGAUCAAAGAAGGGAAGCUGGCCGAGGCCCUGGACCUGUUUGAGCGGCAGAUGCUGAAGGAGGAGCGACUCCAGCCCCUCGAGUGCAACUACACGGUGCUGAUUGGGGGCUGCGGGCGGGCUGGAUACCUGAAGAAGGCCUUCCGCCUCUACAACGAUAUGAAAAAACGGGACCUGGAGCCCUCAGAUGCCACAUAUACAGCCCUGUUCAACGUCUGCGCCGAGUCCCCCUGGAAGGACUCUGCACUGCAGAGUGCCCUGAAGCUCCGGCAGCAGCUCCAGGCCCGGAACUUCCAGCUCAACUUGAAAACGUACCAUGCCCUGCUGAAGAUGGCGGCCAUGUGUGCAGACCUCAGGAUGUGCCUCGAUGUGUUCAAGGAAAUCGUCCAGAAAGGGCAUGCAGUCACAGAGGAGACCUUCAGUUACCUGCUCAUGGGCUGCAUCCAGGACAAGAAGACAGGUUUCCGAUACGCCCUGCAGGUGUGGAGGCAGAUGCUGAGUCUGGGGCUCCAGCCGAGCCAGCAUGGCUACAACCUGCUCCUGGGGGCAGCUCGAGACUGCGGCUUGGGGGACCCGGAGGUGGCCUCAGCACUGCUCCUGAGGCCCAGGGAGGAGACGGUCACGCUCCAGCCCCUGGCACGUGAGUUUUGGGCAAAGAGGAGAGCCCGGGCCCGGCUGGGUGAUGGCAUGUCAGUUAAGCUGCACGUGGAGGCCCUGGAGAGGCAGCUGUUUCUGGAACCUUCUCAGGUGCUUGAGGGCCUUCCAGAGCCUCACAAAGCCAGAGCCCCCAGCAAGGCCCAGCCUGAGGUGGAAACUAAGACGGAGCCUGACCGCAUGGUGGCCCUCACUUCCUUGGCCCCAGAACCUUCUCGCUGGGGGCUGGAGGCCAACCUCCUGACCUUGGGAGCAGUCCCCCCAGCUGUGGUCUCCUUUGGGACUGUGACCACCCCAGCCGACAGGCUGGCUUUGAUGGGGGGCCUAGAGGGCUUCUUGGGUAAGAUGGCAGAGCAUGGGCUCCGGCCCAACAUCAAAACCCUCACGCUGCUGGCUGAGGUGGUGGAGCCCGGGAGUCCCGCAGAGUCCUCACUGCUGACCGUCCUGGACACGUACCAGGUGGAAGCUGACAUGACGUUCUUCAACACACUGAUGAGGAAGAAGAGCAAGCUUGGCGAUCUGGAGGGGGCGAAGGCGCUGCUGCCACUCCUGGCAGAAAGGGGCCUCACCCCCAACCUGCAGACCUUCUGUGGCCUGGCCACUGGGUGCCACAGGCCAGCAGACGGUCUGCAGCUGCUUGCGGACAUGAAGAAAUCCCACGUGACCCCCAACACCCACAUCUACAGCACCCUCAUCAACGCGGCCCUCAAGAAGCUGGACUACACCUAUCUCAUUAACAUCCUGAAGCACAUGAGGUGCAGCAGUGUCCCGGUGAACGAGGUGGUCAUCCGCCAGCUGGAGUUUGCAGCCCAGUACCCGCCCUCCUUUGACCGGUACAAAGAGAAAAACACCUACUUGGAGAAGAUUGAUGGCUUCCGAGCUUAUUAUAAGCAGUGGCUGAAAGUGAUGCCAGCGGAGGAAACCCCCCACCCGUGGCAGAAGUUCCGGACCAAGCACCAGGGGGACCGAGACCCCAUCACAGAGGCGGAUGUGGACGGAGGCCUCGGAGGCAGGUGAUGGGAGGCGCUGGGGGCCGCGAGCAGAGCUGGGACAAAGGGCAGUGUUUCCAGAGCUCUGCGGGAGCCCAGGGGCCACUCCGCAUCGGGCCUGUGCAUGUGCUCGUGUGGCCUCAACCCCAAGGAAGGGUCCGACCCAGAGGGAGGGAAGUAGCGUUUUGCAGGCAUUGGCAUGAGGACAAACACUGGGUCCAGGAUGCCUGACAAGUUCGUGGCAGGUCCAGGAGCAGCCUGACCCACCUUGGCACGCCAUCUCUGGUCAUCCUUGUCUGGGAGGUGGUCGUCCCCAUCCCGGAUGAGGAAAGUGAACUUGCUCAGUCACACAGCACCUACAAGGUGGAGUCAGGACGGAGGCCCAAGGGCGACCGGUUUCUAGGGCCUGGCACUCGCCCACUGGGGUCCACAGUCCGCUGGCUCUCAGAAAGAAUGAAUGCAGGACCCAGAAGGUUUAAAAAUUUUAUUCCUACAAAUCACAGCUGAGAAACACCAAAGCCUUUACAUAUAGAGACCAUGCUCCAACUCAGGCCGGGAGCACUGCUCCGCGAGAAGAGCUGCUCCCAGGAAAGGGGGUGGCGCGACAGGCAGAAACCCGUAAGUCCCAAGUUCAGGGUGAAGACGGGUCAGGUCCUCAGGGCCUCAGCCGGAGCAGCCCCGGCAGCCGCAGUGUGUGCACUCGAUGAUCCGGCCCUGCAACAGAGGACAGCUGAGAUGCUGCGCUCCUGCCACACCCCCCUCGUCCCCCGCAACGGGGGGGGGGGGCAACUGGACAUUCACUGUCUACAGGACGCUCCUCAGAAAAUCUUCGUGACAGAUACAAUCAUGCUGCUGACACUGAAGCUAUACCUCUGUGUGCUGAAUUUAUGCACACUGUACGUACUUGACCCCCAAAAAGUAAAAAAAAAUCUGUGAA